CUGUGCUUAACAGACGCCCUGGAAGGGGGCGGUGUUGGAGGCGGCCGGGGAAGGCCUGGCCCAAGCUUGCACGGCCCUGUGAACAACAACAAGAGGCCAGCGCCCAAUAACAGCGGCUGGCCGGAUGACAACAGAUCGAACGAUGAAAGCGAAUUCGAUGGUACUCCUGCCGCCAAAGAGGCGCGGCCCUUGGAAGAAGCCCAUCUCAAGAAUGCGCUCGACAACUGUCGGCACUUCCUGGCGAUUCGAACGCCGGGUCGAGUGGGUCGCGAGUUCUUCGAUGUCGGCUGCGUCGAACUUGCAAGGAGCUUGCUCGGCACCCAGCUCGUUCGUCGACUCACCGACGGCACCUUACUCCGUGCCAAGAUUAUCGAGACGGAAUCGUACCCUGGUGGCGAGGACCGCGCUAGUCAUAGCUACAAUGGACGACGAACCGAACGCAAUGAGCCGAUGUACAUGGAACCAGGCACCGCGUACGUGUACCUCACCUAUGGCAUGUACUUUUGCUUUAAUAUAUCAUCGCGUGGCGACGGUGCGGCAGUGCUGUUGCGUUCGGCAAAACCCCUCGUCGGACUCGAGCGGAUGCAGCGUCUUCGAGGCAGCCGCCGAAAGGAUGGCGGCAGUAAACUGCGUGCAAAUCAGCUACUCAAUGGACCAUCCAAGCUUUGCAUGGGGAUGGCCAUUGAAAAGGAGACAAUGAACAAAGAGUUUGUGCCGAGUAGUGAACUCCUUUGGAUCGAAUUUGGCCAGGAGGGAUCAUCGAACAGCCUAACCGCAACGCCAGAACUAGCGACUGUUGGUCCCCAACGUGUCGUGACCUCGAAACGGGUCGGCAUCGAUUCUGCUUCUCCGGAGUGGUCUCAGCAACCUCUUCGAUUCUAUUUGCUGGACGAAGCGAGUUUCGUCAGCGUGCGUGAUCACGCCGCCGAGAAGGCAUUCUCAUUGUGAUAUUAUUUACGAUAUACGUGCUAUUGCAAUGAACAACUAUUAAUGUAUUUCAAAAACAGAAGAAGGAAAAGUAAACGAUAGUAAGAGUGUAACGGUAAUUUAUAAUCUUAUUACAUCAUUAUCGGUUGAUAGACCCUGCUACAACCAAAACAGCUAAUAUGUUAACAUAACAAUAAUGUUAUGUCAGUUUGAUAUUCACAAAUUAACAAAAGAAUUUGCAGUAGUUUAAUAACAAGCUUUAUUCUUAUGGCUUUUUCACUAAGAAGUAAUUUUUAAAAUUCAUUUUUUUGAAUCUUGCGUGUCCUAGACUAACACUGUUAAGCAGAGAAGUAACUGUUUUUCAAGUCCAUUGGACUCGGCAGCGUUGACCCUACUGCGUAGACUACGGCUUCAUCCUUCGUAAUAUGUGAAUCGCUUCCCUCAUGUUCCGGAGCGUGUUUACACGCUCCUUUCCGUAAAAAUACACCAACCGUACAGUUUUACCUGAUAGUAUAGAUGUUCAUAUGAUCAAUGGGCAUACUAUAUAGGCUUUUCUUCCCUUCAAACAGGAAAGAUAUAUCUUUUUGUGGCAAUGCGUAUGAAAAUAAAAGAGCAUGUUCAUAAGCUGAGUCGGCUAGUGUUCCGGAUUAUGCGUCCUCCUUGCGGUGGCAUUGAGAGGACUACAGAAUAAUGCAGUAGAUUAAAAAAAAAACAAGUUAUUUGCGCGUACAAUGAGUAUAAUAAAAGAGUGGCGGUGAUAUUAGUGAUGGGGAUGUUAGUGGCGGAAAUGACUGGGAGAGAAAAAGAGCGCGUUCAGCGCUAUGGGUCUCUGUAAUCGCAUCUAAAACGAGGUGACGCGUGAGUUCGACGGCUGGAGUGACAAUAAUAGUAAUCGAAUUGAGUGGAUGGUAGAUGAUUUCU